UAUGUAUGUAUACGGGAUGGAGGUAGCUUCCGGGGGGAGCGAGUGCCGAGCGACAGGUAGUAAAAGUCGAUCUCUCCCAUCCUCCCGUCUUCGAUAGUCUGCUAGACACGUUCGAGUCAAGUCUUUCGAUAGUCCCGUCUCUCCCACGCCAAAGUGCUACUCGCCCGUCUCGGCCCGUCUCUCCCCAGCGCUCUAUCUUGUUCGCACUUGUCUCUUCAGCCUGGACGCCAUGUCUUCAGCGGCGCAACCGCCGGACCCGGAGGCCGCUGCUGCCGCCGCCGCCGCCGCAGCGGCAGCCAUGCGCCAGUUCUCCAUCGAGGCUUGGACGCUGCUAGCCAUCGGCAUCCUCGUCACGAUGCUGCGGACGUACGCCCGCGUCAAGGCAGUGGGUCUGAAACACCUGCAAGCCGACGAUUAUCUGGCCUGGGUCGGAGUGAUCAGCUACGCCGUAGAGACAAGUUUGGCGUACUCAGUCGGGGCCGUCGCCCAAGGAUUGGCGAACAAUGGCAUGACGGACGAGCAACGCGCUGCUCUGGACCCCAACGGCCAAGAAUUCAGAACGAGGGUCGUCGGUUCGCAGAUCCAAAUCGCAGGAUGGUCAUCGUACUCGGUACUGCUCUGGUCCCUCAAGGCAUCCCUUCUGGUCUUUUAUAUGCGGUUAACGGCGGGCCUGGCUCGUAGUUACUUGAUCCGUAUCUAUGUCGGCUUUGGACUCCUCGGCGCCAGCUUCGUUGUCAUCCUGACGAACUUGUUCCUCGCUUGCCGGCCCUUCCACAAGUACUGGCAGAUGAACCCAGACCCCGGCAACACUUGCCAGCCCGCCAUUUCGAACCAGAUCAUCUGGGUGUACCUCUCUAUGAACGUCAUGACUGAUUUAUACCUGAUUUCCAUCCCUGUCCCGAUGCUCUGGCAGUCGACACUGAGGCCUGCCAAAAAGGUCGGCUUGAUCUUUCUUUUUAGCGGAGGAAUUUUUGUUGUGGUUUGCGCCAUUCUGCGCUGCGCCUUGAUCGUGACGGAUCCCGUAAAUGGAGCACAGCUGGCGGGCUCGUGGGCAGUGCGAGAGACGUUCGUCGCCGUGAUCACCACCAACCUCCCCAUGGUCUUCCCGCUGCUCAAGCUUUGGCUCAUCCCCAUCCUGGGCUCUCUGCUCACCACGGUGCGUUCGACUCAUAGGCUGAGCGACAAGGAAUCGAGAAGUGAUCUGCGAACUUUCGGCGGCGGCAAUCAGAGCUGGCGGCGCCGCGGACCCCCGACCGUGAACCCCAUCACCAACAUCACCUUCACCGAGAGUGAGGAGCGGAUGGUGGACGAAGUGAAGAUGCAGGACCUCAAGGGCUGGAACGACUCCAGCACCAGCAGCAGCAACCAGACCACCGGGAACAACAUCCGAAAGCACGUCGAAGUCGCCGUCGUCAGCGAGGCGCGCGACGAAGCGAUUGAGAUGAAAAACGGCCGACACAUCGUCGGCGACGAAGAGAACCAGCAGCACGGAAACUUCGCCUUCGCUCGAGGCCCAAGGAGAACAAGCGACGGCGGCGCCAAUCGCUCCUAACAAGAGAUGUAAAAAGGGACAGUAAGGCAUUUUACACACGCACACGUACCUACAUACACACAUAUACCCCCUUCAUCGUCGAAGUCCCUCUCGGCCGGCGCUA